AUGAUGAUGAGAGGCCUCCAAUGUGCCGUAGCAGUCGCAAUUGUCUCCGUCUUGAAGCUGGUCAAUGGUUUUUCUCCUCAGGUACAAAGAUCUUGGGGGCAUCAUGCUAUCGCCACCACCAAAUCACCACCGCCACAAUUUGCAUCGCCGACGGCCAUGGGAAUGCUUCCCCUAGCCGACAUGGAUUCGUUGUUUCUACUCGCCGAUGUCCCGGUGUUUGAUGGAAGCAGCAUUGUGGAUCCAGUAGUGGUCUCUGGUGCCUUUUGGGAUGGUCUCUCGCGACAAUUUGUAUCCCUUCUCAUUGGUCAACUCUUGGCGGCCACAGUGUUUGGCGUCAUUACCACCUUUGCAGGAAGUCAAAUCUCCAAACUCACGGGGUUUCUUUCGGAUACCGUCCAGAGUCAAGUCGAUAAUCAACAGAAAGGAUCUCUCAAGCAACCGCCACCCGAGUAUCAAGGGGAAGUAACCAUCACUCCCGAUUUGGCAAAGUUGGCCCAAUGCAUUGCCAUUGAUUGCAUUGGAACCUCCUCGGAACUCAUACCGCUCAUUGGUGAAGUCACGGAUGUGCUGUGGGCCCCCAUUGCGGCACUCUUGUUGCGGUCUCUCUAUCCAGGAAGCAAGGUGGUCUUUCUCUUGGAGUUUACCGAAGAAAUAUUGCCGUUUACAGACAUUUUGCCAUUGGCAACUAUUUGCUGGGUGGUGGAUACACUCUUUCCAACCUCGGGUGUGGCCAAAACACUCCAGCUGGGCAUCUAUGGUCAGAACGUCAACGAUGGGGAAAGCAAUGUCAUGGAUCCACCCACAAGCUAUGCUUCCUCUACUACUAGACAGAGAGAAAGGCAACGGAGCGAUGGCACCGUCAUUGAUGUCGAGUCCCAACCGGUGGAGGGAGACAAGACGCGUCAACUUCCACCAUCCAAUGAUCGGUAA